GGAUCGGACCGGAUCGGACCGGAUCGGACCGGCCUGGACAGGGGCUGAGGGGAGCACGGACGGAGAGACGGGGAAGAGGGGAUGUGAGCCCCAUGUUGGAAUGUCUUCAGGAGCACUGUUUCCCAGCCUGGUCCCAGGCUCUCGGGGCUCAUCCAGCAAGUAUUUGGUGGAAUUUCGUGCAGGGAAAAUGUCACUGAAAGGGACUACGGUCACUCCGGAUAAGCGGAAAGGGCUCGUCUACAUCCAGCAGACAGAUGAUUCCCUCAUUCACUUCUGCUGGAAGGACAGGACUUCUGGCAAUGUUGAAGAUGACUUGAUUAUUUUCCCCGAUGAUUGUGAAUUUAAGAGAGUGCCCCAGUGCACCACUGGCCGGGUGUAUGUGCUGAAGUUCAAGGCGGGAUCCAAACGUCUCUUCUUCUGGAUGCAGGAACCCAAAACCGACAAAGACGAGGAACACUGCCGAAAAGUGAAUGAAUAUUUGAACAAUCCCCCAAUGCCCGGGGCUUUGGGUGGGAGUGGAAGUGGAGGUCAUGAGCUAUCAGCCCUUGGAGGUGAAGGAGGCCUGCAGAGCCUUCUGGGUAACAUGAGCCAUAAUCAACUCAUGCAGCUUAUUGGACCAACCGGCUUGGGAGGACUUGGUGGGCUUGGUGCACUGACUGGGCCCGGCCUGGCUAGCUUAUUGGGGAGUGGAGGGCCCCCGGCAAGCAGCUCUUCAUCCAGCUCCCGGAGCCAGUCAGCGGCCGCGACCCCGUCUUCCACCACUUCUUCGGCCCGUGCCACGCCAGCCCCUACUGCUCCCGCAGUUGCUUCCACAACUAGUCCAAGCCCUGCCCCCAGUUCAGGUAAUGGAACCAGCACAGCUACAAGCCCAACCCAGCCCAUUCAACUGAGUGACCUCCAGAGCAUUUUAGCUACUAUGAAUGUGCCAUCUGGGGCAGGAGGCGGACAGCAAGUUGACUUGGCCAGCGUCCUGACUCCCGAGAUCAUGGCUCCCAUCCUGGCCAACGCGGAAGUCCAGGAGCGGCUGCUGCCUUAUCUCCCAUCCGGAGAGUCCCUGCCGCAGACUGCAGAGGAGAUUCAGAAUACACUGACCUCUCCUCAGUUUCAGCAGGCCUUGAGCAUGUUCAGUGCUGCUUUAGCUUCAGGACAGCUAGGGCCACUCAUGAGUCAGUUUGGCCUACCAGCCGAGGCGGUGGAUGCAGCAAAUAAAGGCGAUGUCGAAGCUUUUGCCAAAGCUAUGCAGAACAAUGCCAAGUCAGAUCAAAAGGAAGGAGACUCAAAGGACAAGAAAGAGGAAGAGGAAGAUAUGAGUUUAGAUUAAGUUAUUUGCUGUCUUAAGGUAUUGAAAAUUCUUAGGAAUUAAGCAACUUGGGUAGUUUCACUAGUUAAUUGCAUACUCUCACGCCUACAUGGAACCAACCAAUAAAGGACUCUUCUUUUGA